GCCCUCAGCUGAGAUCGUCCUAGAUAUCAUCGUCCGAGAUGCCAAAUUCUUCUCCAUACUCUGCCCGGGAUGCCGCUCUUGCGAGUUCAUUGGCAGUGAUCGACAGAUGGGUGCACAUGUGCGAGAGCUCCGCCGAGUUCCACAACCGCGCCUGUGCGGUAGCAUCUGGGUCACGAAGCCUUUCAAGGAUCGGAGCAUUGCCUUCUUCAUCCUGCACCAGGAUAUUAUGGAGAAUUGCGGCCAGCUGAUGGAUCUGAACCGGUACAGGGGUGUCGUGGACCCCGGUUGGGCUGCCGUGGACAUGGCAUCGGUGGAGCCGAUGAUGGUGCUGUCCAUUGACCUGAAUCAUGGGAGGAUGGUGCGAUUGGCAAAAGAGGUCCCUGUACCGACGAUGAUGCCGAUGAUGAAGCUUGAGCGGGAGGCUGCACAUGAGAGUAGGUCGAUAUUCAGCAAGAAGGCUACCAAUGGUCUGAUGGUUGCGAAGGACGAAUACAUCGCCGGUGCAAGGGCUUUUGCAUCAGCUGCUUCAGCUAUUGGCCGCUACGUUGAGCGUCGCCCUUGGCCAUGUGGCAUUACUUCUCAAACGGUCAACAACCUGCAGAACACGUGGGGUCUCCCUCGUUGCGCUGGUCUCCCAUGGAGACCCCUAUUGCUUCAUCCUGAUGCUGUGGAAACCUUUUUCAAUGCUGCUGGUAAUGUGAUCUAUGCUUCAGAUGCGGAUUUCUUUAACCAAGAACCUCCUCUUUUGGUCCCAUCCCGUGAGUCUUUUUGGGAUGAGCAGGUGCGGCGAGUGCCAAUUUAUGUGCGCCGCGAAGAGCGUCGAGGUCAUGAACAUGUGCCGCAACUGCAAUGGUGUAUACAGGGCGACGCCUCCUCAGAGGCUGUUUCAGUUUCCACCAAACUCUCCAAAAAGGUCACCGAUUGGAUGAAAAAGCAAACGAAGGUGGCGGAGCAUAAUCGCACUGCUGCAGAACGGAAAAGACACUGGAUCGUGCUCCCUGAGCCACCUGACCCUUCCUUGUCUGGUGAUCAGUACGUACAGCUUGUGCAAGGUUUGAAGGUGCACUGCCUAUGGUGCAAGCGUGAGAGAGAACCCUACGACGACAGUAUGGUGGAGCACCUUGAGUGGGCUGUCGUCUUGUGGGUGGCUCUGGUGACCGCUGUGGGUCCGGUAAUGACACAAAGGAGUCCCGAGAACGAGAUCGUUCAGGGGGCAUGGCGGAUGAAGAAACGAGAACUCGCCGUCGGGGCUGUGAUGGCUGCCAUGGACGACGAGGUGGAGGCUGUUGUGGCCAUCGUGGGGUACGCAACCCCCGAGGUGGUACUCUGGUAUCCCGGGAACGUGAUCGUUCCGGUGGCAUGGAUAUGGAAAAGUGCUUGCCCGGCAGGGGGCGCUGAAGUGGUGAUAACCCAACUUUGCGCUGUGGUGAAUCUGUUGGCGCAAGGCCGGGCGCCGGACUAUGUGGCCCCUGUCCUAGCUGGAGCUGGCCUGGCUUUGGAAUCGCAGAGUGGCAUGCAACAAUGCGACCCCCUCGGCCCUCUUCUGUUUUCCGUCGGCUUGCAGCCCAUCGCUUCAGAGCUUCGCUCGUGCGGCCUCGAUAUCGCCGUGCAUUACCUCGAUGAUGGCAUCCUUGCUGGCGACGUUUCUGCUGUUAGCCGCGCGCUGCAACUGGUCCAACGAGUCCAACGCAAGGCAGGGGCCAUCGGUUUGGCGGUCAACUUGCAGAAGUGCCAAGUUGUUGCUGUGGGGGCAGCCGACCAGGCCGGGGACCUUUUGGAUGCAUUAGGGGAACUGCCAGAUCCUCAAGUUGGCCUUCGCUUGUUGCGCGCCUGCGGUGGAUUUGCGCGCUUGGUGCACAGCAUGCGGUGCAAUCCCAGUGUCCCGCAGCAGACUGCCUUAAGCUUGGACAUGUUCGACGGCAUGGUGCGCCGGAGUUUUGGAGAUCUCACCGGCGUCCACCCCAACGGCCUACAGUGGCAACAGGCCGGGCUUGGUUUUGCGUAUGGUGGCUUGGGACUCCGGUCCACUUCUGAUCAUGCCCCCGCUGCCUACCUUGCUUCCCUAGAGCCACCCUGCAGUCAGCCAUUGACCUCGAUGCCAGCUUCUGCUUGGACUCUGUUAAAGCCUCCCCUGAAGUUGCUGCUGCUUUGUCCUCUCUCAACAACCGCCUUCCCUCUGGGAAGGUUGUUACUUUGGAGACGGCCUUGGCUUCCACCCAACACGACCUUUCUCACCGCCUGGAUUCUGCUAUGGGAUGAGCAGCUCUUGCAGGCCAGCCUUGUGAGUCGGGCGACCCUCCGCCCUGAGGCCUCGCAGGUAUUCAUGACCAGGACACGUGGUGCCCGCGAUGCGACGGGAUCCUUGACCCUCACGGGUACCAUGCUAGCCUCUGUGUCGCUGGGGGUGCUGUCCGCGACCUGGUGUUCUGUUGGGCGGAAAAAGGUGGGCUGCGCCCUGAACAACGGUCGACGCCCAGCUGACGCUGACGUGUACUUGCCGGCUUAUGCCGGGUCCCCUGCCGCACUUGACUUUGCCAUCACGGCUCCACAGCGGCAAGCGACCUUGGCACAAGCCAGCCACCAAAUGGCAGCGGCUGCCACGGCCUACGCCCGUCAAAUGUGCUCC